ACAUCAGCUGACAAAUAAACGCACCCACCCACAAACAACUUAGCCAAAAACGAAUUCGACGAUCCAAUUUACGAUCCCAUGGCCACCAUUUUCUCACCUUCCGCCCUCCUCACCACCGCCACCACUGUCGCCGCCGCAUCUUCCUCAUCAUCCUCCACCUCCUCUCUCCACCUCCCUAUCCGAUCCACAACCAAACUACAAUUACCAAACUUAACCACCACGGCCUUAACUGCAACCGCAUUAGCAGCAGCCACCAUCAUAGCCACCACCAUCCCUCCCGCCCUAUCAGCUGAAUCCUACGCCACAUACUACGGCACCGCCGCGAGCGCCGCCAACUACGGCGGCUACGGUGGAAACUCCGACAAGAAAACCUCAGCCGAAUACAUCUACGACAUCCCACAAGGCUGGAAAGAGCGACUCGUAUCAAAAGUUGAAAAGGGUACCAAUGGAACCGAUAGCGAAUUCUACAACCCCAAAAAGAGAACCGAGAAAGAAUACCUGACUUUCCUCGGUGGACUCCGGCAAUUAGCCCCAAAAGAAGCGGUUUUGAACAAUUUGGCACUUUCCGAUGUCAAUUUGCAGGAUUUGAUCGCCGGAGCAGAUAGCGUGAGCUCUGAAGAGACAAAAGAUGAUAAAGGGCAGGUGUAUUAUGUGUAUGAGAUCGAUAGCCCUAGUGCACAUAGUUUGAUUUCAGUUACAUGUGCAAGGAACAAAUUGUAUGCACAUUUUGUAAUGGCCCCUGCAGCAGAGUGGAAAAAAGACCAAGAAACAUUGAAGCAUAUUCAUGAAUCUUUCAAGACUGUUGGAUAGAAAUGAUUCGAUUUUGAUUGUGUGUGAGAAUGAACUAAUGAUUGUGAUCAUGUGUUUAUUUGUAUAAUAUAUUGUUAGUAGUAAAUCAUAUCAUAUAUUCCUUAUUAAAGAUUACAUUUUUCUUCA